AUGACUUCGAACGGUGCUGCCGGGUUCUUGACACAGUUGAACCAGCUUCUGGCAAGCCAACAGCCGCUGAUGGGAGAUCAGUUUGCCAGUAUGUUGGAGUCGCAGAAGGAGUGUGCUGUUCGGGCAAUACGACAGCACAAGAUCUCCCUCGAGCAGGCCACGGAGAUCUGCAACCUCGUUCGUGCAGGACCAUGGACGGAGCCUCAAAAACAGGAACUUGCCAAGAUCGUCUCCGACACCGUUGCCAAAGGCAUGCACUCCACCGUCCAGGCUAAGAACAAACGUGAAAACCAAGAAGUCCAGAAUUUCUGGAGCUUUCUAUCGGCUACGGACAAGCAGGUUCUUCGAGAGGGGGACACACUUCAGUUCCGGCUCAACCACACAGCAGAGCUGAUGGGGAAACUGAAUUUGUUCUGGCCCAGCGAACAGGCAGUCGGCCACAUUGUCAAGACAAUGCACUUUCUUCGAAAGGAUGGUUUGGAAACACCCGACGAUUUUCACGGAGCCGUGAAGCGGUUGAAGUCCUUGGUGAAGGCUCGCCUGAAGAAGGCCCCCAAAGAUCUCGAGUACGUGAAGAUCUACACACUGCCUGAGCAUUUGCCUCCCUCUCUUCGUGGAUCCUUCUCAGAUGCCGAGGGUGGCGAGUUGCCAUCGUCUUCUACUGCCAUCAGUGGACCCUUGCGGGGAAGCAGCAAGGCAUUGAAGAAGCUUGCAUUGCCUCCACUUCCAGAUGCCUCGUGUGGGGUGUCACUGGGUGGCCUCAUGCAGAUGUGUCACGGCCUCAUGGAGAUGCAGCAGAGGCAGAUGCAGCAACAGCAGCACCAAGCGAGCCAUGGCACCGACUUGCCAGGUUUCAAGUGGCUUGGCAAGGGCGGCACCGGUGGCAGCAAUGCUGGGCUGGCAAGCAUGAGCACCCCGGCUAUUACCAAUGCGACCUCAAGUAUCUCGAAGCCUGCCGAGCAUGAGCCGGAUGCCAAGCAGAUCCUCCCCUUCCCCAAAGAGGAGAACCCUGCAGAGCAGCUCGCAGGUUCUGCAGGGCUGGCUACGGGACAGGAGCCUGUCAAUGCUGCACAGCAAGCACAGGAGAUGUUGCAGGCAUGGGAUCUCGGCGGCAAGAACAAGAAGAAUCAGAAGGAGAUCGAUGAGGAGGACCGGUGCGACAAGCCCAAUGCCAAGAAGCCCAAGGCGAAGGCGAAGGCGAAGGCGAAGUCGCAACCGAAAGCCAAGGCACAGACCAAGGCAAAAGCCAAAGCUAAGUCCCAGGCUAAAGCCAAGGCCCAGCCAAAGAAGGGUGCAUUGAAGAAGCCUGCAGCCUUCAAAGGGUUGAGCUUCAGCGAAAGACUGAAGCUCAGGAAAGUCUUCGCCACACAACGAGCCCUCGCUGAGAUCCUCAAAGAGAUUCGUGAGCUGGAUGAGGUACCCGCAGCGACCAGCCGGAGCUCGGUGAAACGGGCCCGUGAACAGAAGCUGCAGGAGUACGAAACCGCUUAUGGUCACAUAUACAUCGAGCCGACACUGCAAAAAGAAGACGGCACCGAUGUGACGAUUCCAAUGUUGUCUCCGGCUGCAAUGCUCACAUGGGCAACCCAGCAUUGCCAAGCCUUCGGGGAAUUCCUCGAGAAAAGGCUGGAUCUGAACCCACCCAGUAUCGACAAGAGCUGGUCCCUGGUGUGGUACAGCGACGAAAUCGCACCAGGGAACCAACUGAAGCAUGUCAACAAAAGAAAAGUCCAGGUGAUAUACUGGAGCCUGCAGCAACUAGGCAAUCAUGCCAGAGGUUGCGAGACAUGCUGGUUCACCCUGACAGCUGUUCGAAGUUCUGUGGUGGCGGAUAUGGGAGGCAUGGCUGUCCUGCUUCGACAGAUUGCUAGAUUUUUCUUCGAAGUGCCUGAUUGGCGACAAGGACUUCUGUUGACCUGUCCGACCGGCCCUCGCAUGCUGUUUGCAGACUUGCGAGUCCUCAUAUCGGACGAGGCUGCAAUCAAGCAGUCGCUCUGCAACAAAGGAGCAAGCGGGUUGAUUUUCUGCAUUCAUUGCCAGAAUGCCGUGGACCACAAGUCACAUGUUGCAGGCAACAGCGGCGGCAGUCAGAUUUCAAGCCUCGAGACCGACAUAUCUCGGUUUCGGCAACAAACACAGAGGUCCGUCAAAGAAUAUAUGGACUAUCUGGCCCAGCAACAGCCGCUGCAGAGCAAGGCCCGAUUCGAAAAGUUGCAGACAGCAUUGGGCUUCAACUUUAAGCCCAUGGGACUGCUGGCCCAUCCGGCCUAUGGCCCCAAGGUCAUUGACUGCAUAAUGUUCGAUUGGAUGCACGUCUACCUGGUUAAUGGGCUGUUCAAUGUGUUGACGGGCCUUUUCCUGGGAGACCUUCAUGUGCAGGGAUGGAAGGGCCCGGACAUUCAGCGGUUCGCAGACGGCUUCACGUGGCCGGCACGUCUGCGAGGUGCGGCACCGAAGGAUGUGUUGCACAAGAGAGGAUCGCCUAGUGAUUCUCUCAAGUGCAGUGCAUCGGAGGCUCUCAACUUCUUGCAGGUGCUGCGAACCUAUCUUGUGCUCUGGGUGCUGCCGCAGUGCAACGAGGACAUGAGAAAUGCAUGCGAGGUUUGGUUGGCCAUGUGCAAGGUUCUCGAUGCUUUGCAAAAGAUCGCCGUGGGAGAUGGUUGCACUGCAGUCGAGCUGCAAGCUUUGGUCAAAGGCCAUCUGGACCUCGCUAAGGCCCGGUACGGUGCGGACUCCUUUUGGGUCCCAAAGUGCCACCUAGCACUUCACCUGCCGCUUCAGUUGGCCAAGCACUCAUGUCUCAUGAGUUGCUUUGUCCAUGAACGUAAACACAAAAUCGUCAAGAAGAUCUCCAAUCAAGUGCUCGACACCAGCAGAGCCUUUGAAAAGAGUAUCCUCGACGACGUGCUACAUGGACAUGUGCAGCAACUCGCCGAUCCGGCUUUUCUUCCAGGAGAAGGGGUGCACUUGGUUCAGCCUGUGCGGCCAGCCCCUGCCAAGCUCCAAGCCGAGCUCCGGCGAUGCUUGAACAUCCAGGGCGAGAUCAUGACAGCAAACCAGGCUGUGCAUGCAGGGAACUUUGCAGUUUCGGCAAAAGACCUGGCGGUUUUGCAUCUGGAUGGCCAAAGGCUUGUCGGCAGGGUGGGGUACCACAUCCAAGCAGAUGCAUCUUGCUGGUCACAUGUCACCCUGUGGAAGCACGUGCAUGGAGCCAUGUUCACCCUGUCGGAGGAUGUGGCCCUUGUAGAAACCAGGCAUAUACAUGCCACCUGUGCCUUCAGUGUGCAAGGCGACAGUGCUGUCGUUGUGCUGCCAUGA